UAACGAAUCGGUUGGAUGAUUGAUUGUUCGCAGAUCUUCGGUAGCAAGGCGGACCUGCAGCUCCACACGCAGAUCCACAUGCGCGAGGCGAAGCCGUACAAAUGCACCCAGUGCUCGAAGGCGUUCGCGAACUCCUCGUACCUGUCCCAGCACACCAGGAUCCACCUGGGCAUCAAGCCGUACCGCUGCGAGAUUUGCCAGCGGAAGUUCACCCAACUGAGCCACCUACAGCAGCACAUCCGCACGCACACCGGUGACAAACCGUACAAGUGCCGGCAUCCAGGCUGCACCAAGGCGUUCAGCCAGCUGAGCAACUUGCAGAGCCACUCCCGCUGUCACCAGACCGACAAGCCGUACAAGUGUAACUCUUGCUAANNNUUCUCCGACGAGCCCAGCUUGCUCGAGCACAUACCGAAGCACAAGGAAUCGAAGCACCUUAAGACGCACAUCUGCCAGUACUGCGGCAAGAGUUACACCCAGGAGACGUAUCUUGCGAAGCACAUGCAGAAACACGCGGAGAGGACGGACAAGAGACCUCCUAUAAUCGGGACGGGGCUUAGGCCGUCGAUCCACGCGAUGGCGGCCCAUCAUCAGGACCACUACUGGCCGAAAGUGAGCCCGGACUCGGUAAUCAGCGAUCUUCACGACCGGUUGCCCCAUCACCACACCGACUACCAUCAGAACCAGAACCCAGAGAUGCUGUUGCCCGGCCACGGCCACCGUGGCGAGUCGAUCGAGAACGAUUCCAGGCAACAGACCCCUCAACCGGGCGCCAAUCACCACCCGAACAGCAGUUCGGCGUUCACGCCGAUCUCCUCCAUCUCGAUAAACUCGAUCUCCUCCAUGCAACACCCGUUGAACCCUCUCAACCACCUGCACUACCCGGCCAGCCAUCACCCGGCCUCGAGGCCCUACCUCUACGAGGCGUUCAACUCGACGCAGAAAUCCUCCCCAGCGUCCUCGUCGUCCGGGGUCACGUCCGGCACAACCACCAAUCAGAACGCGACCUCGUUCCCCAAUCAAUUGAUCAGCCUCCACCAGAUCAGGAACUACGCGCAUCAACCUAACCUCGGCAACCUAGGCAAUUUAGGGAACCUAGGCAAUCUGAGCAAUCUCAGCAAUCUGAGCGCGACGAUGGAGAGCCACGCUCUCCUAGGCGGACUCAAGGAGAAGCAGUAACUCCGGCUGGUCUUGGAGAUUAGGAACAAAAAAAAAGAAAAAAGAAGAAAAGAAAAGAAAAGAAAAAAAAAGAAAAAAUCUAUAUCGCUAUUUCUCCUCGAUUUCUUUUUUUCUUUAUCCGCGUACACUCGGUGUUCCAUGUUCAUCCCGCGUCCUUGUCGUCUCUCCUCCCCCCCCCCCUCUCCUCCCCAGUUUUUCAAGAGAAAAACCUGCGCGAGGGGCCAGCCAACUCGAACGACGCGUCUCCCCUACGGCAAUUCUUUUUUUUUUUUUUUUUCUCCUCCGCCGAUAGAUCCGACGCGUCGAUCGAAUUCGCCGCUCCUAGGCGCCCGAUCUCUCUCUUCCCUUUUUACUUUUGUAAAAAGAUCCCGUAGAAAAUUCUGUGACCAUUUUUUUUUUUUUUUUUUUUUUUAGAAAAAAUAACCUUGUUGUUGUACGAUGCGUGCAAAAUCGUUCCUGUCUUUUCUUUCUCCGAGCUCGGGUGACCGAGGGUGGCCAAUCGCUCGAGGAUGAUCGUUAGAUUGAAAUUUUUACUUAGUUUUAAGUAAAGAAAUUAUUAAGAAAGGAUUUUUACGCGCGUUGUAUCCGUACACAUUCGUCAGUUGUACGUAUAAAAAGAUUUUCCAAGUUUUCCUAUUUCGAUAGGAAAUUUUCUUUUACGUUUUAAACGUAACGAUUAUCUUUUUCUUUUAUCGUUAACCAGUUAGCCAAUCUCUUACCAGUUAGUCAAAAAAAAAAAAAAAAACCUUCUCUUUUCCAAGAAGAAUUCUAAACAAACGAGAAUGAUCGAGGGGAAAAAACAAAAAAAAAAAAAAAAAAAAAAAAAAAGAAAAAAAAAAAAAAAACCUUCUCUUUUCCAAGAAGAAUUCUAAACAAACGAGAAUGAUCGAGGGGAAAAAACAAAAAAAAAAAAAAAAGAAAAGAAAAAAGAAAUCCUACAUCCUAUCGUUCCAUCCGGUGAAGUAUUAUUAAUCUUCUCGAAAAAAGCAUUCGCGAGACGAAUGCAAAUCGGCGACUUUUAAUCGCUCCAAUGCGACCGUGCAUCCAUGCAUGAAGAACGAAUAUUAGAAAGUAACCCUGUUCGGCACGGUAUCGAUCACGGCUUCCCAUCGAUCGAUCCAGCGGCAGGAUCGAUCGAGCCUCCCCAGUGUAACCGGCCGUUUAGCCUGAUUAACUUUCACGUUCGUGAAGUUAGAUAGAAAGUAGCUUGGAAAGAUAAUCGACGGGCGUGUUUCUCGAUGUCCUCGGCGAAUAGUCACCCAGACAUCCAGGGAUCCAUGCUGGCACAGAAAUCCUGACGCAUUUCCUAGUGAAACUAUUUUCGAGGGACGUCCCACCCGAGUUCCAACCGAACACUUUUCCUCCACCCUUCGAAAUUUCAUCCAUGAAAAGUCUCCUUGGGAUGCGAAUAUACAUAUAUAUAUAUAUAUUUCAGAGAGUAAAACUCUCGGGAAAGUUGAGAUUAUUUUUCGCAAGUGAGAAAAAUAAGUGCGUGGAGAGUGAUUUUGUUGCAAACGAUAAUUUUUAUUCUCGUCUUGGAAAAUUUUACUUGGCGAAAAAUAAUUCUCGCGAAAGCGACUCGCGCCCCAAGGAUGCGAUAACAAUAAUUUCCUUUCCAGGUAAUUCCUCCUGUAUUUUUUUUCUUUAUCUUUUUUCCACUUCUUUUUUUUUCUUUCUGGUACUACUUGAUGACUCGGUGGUCCCAUCGACGAUCAUGUAAUUUGGUAUUAAUAAUUUUAACUCGAUUGGCGCGUAUCCGUCUCCUACGUACAAUUUUCGUUUAUGAUUUUUUUUUUUUUUUUCUUCUCGAGUUCGAGUGUUAAAGAUCCGUGGAAUUUUGAUUUAAAUUUUUCAUGGAUUUCGUUAUCACGACGAUUCGUGAAUGGUAUUUUUGGUCUUUUAUCACUUUGGGGCAGGCGACUUUGUUGGUUAGCCUCGUUACACGUACGUGAUACGUGUGUAAAAUAUCUCCGUGAUACCACCGCUUUUGACCCUUUUCCUCUAAAUUCCACUACGAUGGAAUGCAUUGGGUUAUUGGUUUAAAUUACAAAGCUGUCGUAUAACUUUAUUAUCUUCGUUGAAUUAUUAUUUCGAAAAGUUCUCUUUCAAAAUUCCAACUGGCCAACAGAACUAGGAAUCGCGAUCAUAAACAAAUUACUAAAGAAUCACGCAAAUCAAUGAAUCAACGAGUUAGCAGCUCUCGAGAGCGACAAUGUUUCUAUGUUCCAUUAAAGAGAAAUUGAUUUAAAUUAUAAGGUCGUAAAGUUCCAAAGUUCCCUUGAUUGCCGGUGGAGGAACGAAAGAAAAGUGGGAGGGGGAAAUCUGUAUAACCAAGAAUCGAUGGGACCGCCGACAAUUCCGUUCUUUUCGCUUUUCUGCCUCCCAGGAGCAUCGUACGUAAGAGGGAAUAGCAAAGCCAGGAGAAAUCGUGUCGUGGAGUAGAGCUAUUUUCCAAGGGGUGGCUCAC